UUCGAAGGUUCCGAUCUCACGUGGACGAUUGUUGCAAAUACUGUGCGUCGCAUAGAUCGUAAAUCGUAGAUCAAAUAAUUUUCAAAGAUUUAACGUUUAACAUCGAUCAAAUAAUUUCGUUAGCUCGAGAAUGAAAACGGACGUUACCGAAGGGAAGGUGCAAAUAAAAGCGAGAACUUCGAAAGUAGGUGCCAGUAACGCAUGGGCAUCCUCUAUCACGAAGCGAUCGUCAUUAAGAUAUCAUAUUUUUAAGACGUUUGUCAAAUAUGUCAGUCUUUAUUGCGAACAAUCUACUUUGGUGGGUUACAAGUAUUUGACCGAGCCACGUAGAACCUGGAUCGAAAGGAUCAUAUGGAUCGCGGUGCACCUGACGACAAUAUGCAUAUUGGUGUAUUUCGUUAUCGAUGCCUACACAGCUUUCACGACAUUGCCGAUGGUGACGUCGGUCGAGUCGGAUCAUUAUCCUACCAAUCAGAUCACGUUUCCAGCCAUAGCAAUCUGCAGUAUCAACAGGAUAAGUCGACGAUCCGCGAUGAAAAUGGCUAUGAAAGUUUACAGAUCAAACGUCACUAAACUGUCCAGCGACGAAAUUUUAGAAUUGAUCGAACAAUUGGGAGACGCUUACAAUUCGAUGCACAGGUUCGAAAUAACACGAUACGACGAAUUGAAUCGUGUUUUACUGGAUUUUUACGAGGGUGAUUACGACAUGGACGCCAUAAUGAAAGAAUUGACACCACAAUGUACCCUUAUGUUGAUCAAGUGUUUAUUCAACGGCAACGAAUAUAAUUGUUCGGAACUUUUCUCUUUCGAAAAAACCCAGGAUGGAUAUUGUUGUACUUUUAAUUAUAUAAUUAAAGGCAAUACAAACAACGACGAGGAACCAAUGGAAGUGAGAACUGUGAAGGAUUUAGGAAUCGAACGUGGUCUUACAGUCGUGAUGGAACCUUUCCUGGACGAUUACUUUUACACUUUUCUUCCCGUUAUCGGAUGGAAGGUGACGUUGUUUAAUCCAACCGAUUAUCCCGAUAACAUCAGCGGCGGUGUCACCGAGGUGCUCGUUUCGCCGUUAUUGGAAUCCUACUUGGAAAUCGAGGCUGUAUCCUUCUACAGCACCGGUCAAACCAAAUCGUAUCCAAUUUCAAAACGGAAGUGCAUAUUCCCUAACGAGAUUCGAACUCGUUAUGGUGACUACAGUUACAGCGAUUGCUUGGUCGAUUGCAGGGAACAGCUAAUAUGGAAAAUGUGCAAGUGCAUUCCAUUUUAUCUUCCAACACGUACCGAAGUCAAUUCUAAAUAUGGAAGAAGAGCUUGCACGUUGACAGACAUGCCUUGCUUAAAUCAUUACAAAUCCGAGUGGUUGACCGUAUUUCCUCACGAAGAAGAGACAUUAAAUAUCACGAUGAAUAAUUACAAAUCGUUACAUUGUAAAAGUUGUUAUCCCUCAUGUCAAGACGUUGUUUAUACCAUGCAUAGUUCUUUCUCUACGAUGCAACCUGGAUUUUACGAGACGUCAUUGUUAAACAAUUUCAAUAUCGUCGAUCAAAGUAUCAUUCAUGUAUUCUUUUCGAAGUAUGGUACGGUUAGAUUGAAACAAGAUAUAUCUUACACCUGGUAUGAACUUUUGAGUGAUAUCGGAGGUAUUUGCGGGGUCUUCAUCGGGUUUAGCCUCAUCAGCGUUGUCGAGUUAAUUUAUUUCUUCGUUCUUCUACUUUUCGAUCUUUACAAAAGCUACGAUCCAAAUAGUGAGGAAAUCGAUAUAGAAAUUCCUCGAAAGGAGGCAACGAUGUAUACCAUAUAUUGGAACGAAUUGGUACCGAAAACUAGAAUUGAGAAGGAUUUGCUUCGUCAUCGUAAAGUCGAACGAUACUAAUAACGUAAUUAAUAAUCCUAUGUAGUGAUGAUCCUUAAUAAUAAUUAUAUCGUCGUUAAUAUUAA